GAGAGCAAGAGGGGGGAGAAGGGAGCUGGAGGGCGAGCGAGGGAGUGUAGGAGAGAAGGAUAGGGUCCCAGAAGAGAGUACAAGCCUCACACACACACACAUAUACACACACACACUCACACGCUCACUCAUAUACAUUUACGUCGCUGUACUUUGUGGAUUACUUUCCAAACUGAGCCACUCAUCAAGCAAAUCCAGAACAUGAUCAGGUGGCAGCGUGUCGGAGCGGUGUUGAACUGUGAAAUGAACCAUGGAGGGGUCCAGGGGGCCAGUCACUAGCCGAGCCAACAGCCGCACUACCAGCAGCAGCAGCAGCAGCAGCAGCAGCAGGAGAAGCAGUAGCCAGGGGAGGCCCCGCAGCAUGCAGCUGGGCCCUUACUAGCACCAAGUGGACCUGGUCCUCUCCUCUUCACCUGGGGCCAGGGCUGCAGAAUGCUCAGUCCUGUCACCCCAUACAGUCUGUUGAAGAUGCACUGGUCCCCGGAGCACGCCGCCCCCUUAUCUCAGUGGCCUGAGCAGCACCUAGACGUCACCUCUACUACCUCGCCGCCGUCGGCCCACAAACAUGACCCCUACGCUACAGCUGGACGCCGCGGCUAUGCCCCUGCGGGUUACCCUUGGGCCAGUGAUGACAUAUCAGCCCUUACUGCUUCCUCUCUGCUCAAACGCUACGCUGAGAAGUACUCCGGGUUGGAGCUGUCCUAUGAACGCCCUCCUCCAGGGGCCUACUCAGAGCCUGGGACUUUCCUGAAAACUGAAUCUGAGCCAUGGGCCCUGGGUCAGGGCAUGGAGUGUUACCCUGGACUGGAGGCGUUAACUGGCACCAAGGUGGGCUCUGCAUCUGUGGGCAUCCCGGCCACAGGAAGUGUGACGGUAGUGAGCGGUAACUUGGCCUCUGAGCCAGGCUACAGUGGCCCUGGCUCCUGCAGUGCCCCGUCAUCUCAGGAAUACCCUCCUGCCUACAACAGCACCUACCUGUCCUCAGGAUACUGCCCUCAGCCCAGCGCAGCACUUCCCCCUGCCCCUCUACACUCUCUGCAGGCCGCACCCACUCUAGUGCCCAGCUACAGCGCCAGCACUCCCAUCUACAACUACCCUCCAGGGUGCUACUCCCAAACCAGCCUGUCCUCUGGAUACAGCCACCCUAGUGCCUCUUACCUGCCCCCUGGGAUUAGUGCCCCCACCCCUCUGGCCCCUAGGCCCACCAUGGUGGGGGGCAGCUACAGCUACCCGUCUCACAGCCUUGGAGGGAGCUCCGAGGGAGUGUUGCCACUGAAACGCAAGGCCUUCGAGAUGGCAGAGGAAGGACAGGAGGGAGCAGAGGUGGAGGGAUCUCGCUACAGAAAGUACGGAAACGGCCACGGAAACAGUCACAGCAAAGGUCACGGCAACGGGCACGGCAAUGGCUACGAUAUGAGCGGCUCGGCCUCAGACCCACAGGCCUACAAAUCUGGAAAGCCCAUGAUGUCUCCCCCUUAUGGCGGGGCAGGGGACUACAGCCCACCAUCAGGCCUAGCAGGAGAGAGCGUGUCAGGGGAGCACAACUUUCCUCAGCAACAGAGAAUGUCUAUGAAGUUACCUGCAUCGCACACACGACCUGAGGACCCCACCGCAGGGCGCUGACAACACUGGUCGGCAUUUGAGAGGAUUCUCUCGCUCUUUGAAACCAACCAGGGAUCUUAAUCCUGUCAGACUUGGGGGAACAAAGUUGGAUUUGUCAAUGAAAGGUUUAAUUUCACAAGAGGGCACAAGACUGGUAUUUCUUGUGCAUCUUUAACAUUUUCACUAUUCCUGUUUUUCCAAAGAUUCACAGGGACAUUUUGCCCUUUAAGGUUGAGGUAAGUCUUAGGGGUGAGGUUAAGGCAUUCUCUACAUAGAUAGCGUUAAGACAGUCUAAACGUAUGAGUGUCUGUUUCUCUCAGGAUCCUAUUUAUUUCCUUUCUGCUACUGCAGCAGCAGCACUGCAACGUUGCUGUUUUAAAAGUGGGUGUAAUUAUUUGUGGCCAUUAUGUAUGUAAAAGGCCUUUGACUGCAAUACGUUCUACCACACCACAAAAAAAUCAUUACCGACCAAAAAGUAAGGAGAGCAAUAACUGAAAUGGUGAGAUUGCCAUACUACUUCAGCACAAUCACUGCUACUUUACACAGUUGACUCCGGGGCUCGGUGUGUCGCCUGGCCCUCGAGAAAUGAAUGUUUCCCUGCUCAUCCCUCGCUUUCCCCCCUACCUUUACUCAUCCUUGACUUUUUUUUUUCAGUUUCCUUCUCUCCGUGUUCUUUAUCUUAUUCUAUCCUGGUGUCCUGCUUCUUGAUCUCAACCUUUUUCAUUGUUGAACAACUUUUGUUUUUGUCAAGUUUAUACAUAACAAGCUGCUUAUCAAAUGAUUGCAUAGUAUACAUGAAGCCGCCCUUUAAAAUUGUUUUGAUGUAAAGACGGAGUGGGGAAAUAAUCUAAGACUUUAUGUUCAUUUAAAAAUGUAUUUAGCAUUCACACAAUGACAGCAUACGAGUAUAUGCAGAUCAAAGCGUGUUGUUUACUUGCAGACUUCUGCUGAUCCUAAGACUAACGAAUCUGCCUACGAAUACUGGUGCAGCUUACGCCUUUAAUAUUCAAACUAUUACAAGAAAUAAUGACAUAUACGAAUC